AUGUCAGACGCCGGUAGAAAGAACUUUUCAGACAAAGUUAGUGAAACUUUAACUCCAGAAAGUGAGAAAUCCACCUUGGAAAAGGGAAAGGAAGCCGUUACUGACAAGGUUGACGACUUUGCAGCCAAGACUGUACCAGACAACCAAAAAUCAUUUGGUCAAACCGUUGCUGAUGACGCAAAGAAGGGUUCAGACGAUGCUAAAGCUGCUGUAGAAAAGGAAAAGUCUGCUGCCGAUCAACAAGGUCAAUCUUUGGCUGAAACUGCUCAAGAAUAUGUCGAAGAAGCUAAGAAGCAAAUCUCCAAUGCUGCUGAAUACGUUUCAGGUGUUGUUUCAGGUGCUACUGAAGGAGCAAAGACUGGUGGUGAAAGCACUAAGAAGUAA